AUGGAGUACAAGCAAACAGGCAAGCGCAAGAACCGACUCAAUGAUGAAGAUACAGCAGCUCCACGACCGCGUGCAGUGCGUCAACGACCAGGACUAGAAGAGUCAAGCGCGCCGGAAAACAACUCGUCACGACAAGAAGAAGACGAAGAAACGAAGGAUUCUGGUGAUUCAACACCGCCUGUGUUUUGGCGUGCGAGUGCAAAUGCCGUUGAAGCAGCAGUGGACUUAUCAGAACCCUCAACAUUUGAAGCAGCAGUAAGCGGCCCUGACCAAGUGCACUGGAGAAAAGCAAUUCAUGCAGAGCUCGAGUCAAUGCGACUUCGCGGUGUGUUUCGUGCAGCCAAGCUGCCCAACGGACAACGCGCCAUUGGCACAAAAUGGGUGUUCAAGAUCAAGCGCAAGGCGGAUGGGUCAAUCGAGAAGUACAAGGCACGACUUGUGGCCAAGGGUUUCCGCCAAAAGUAUGGCAUCGACUACACGGAGACGUUUUCGCCUGUGGUCAAGUAUGUGACGCUGCGAAUGGUGAUCGCAAUUUCCAAGCAUUUUGGAUGGCCCAUCGACCAGCUUGAUGUGGUGACAGCUUUCCUGUAUGGCGUCAUGAAGGAACAAGUGUUCUGCUGUUGA